UUGAUCCGGUCAAAGUAACCAAUGAAUUCCCAAGAACUACCACAAACAUUACCUGAACCAACUACCAUUUCUAACACAUCUUUUUUCUGAUAGAUCAACCAGCUUGGACAAGAAGAAAAAAAUUUAAACCAAAAAAAAAAACAUGUAAAAUUAAAAAUUUGUAAAAUAAAACAGACAAAUUACAACGAUAUCCCAGGAUCUGGUUGACUUUUGUUGUUGUGUUUCAUUACAUGGUUCCAAAUCACCUCUCUUCUUUUCCAAGAUGUCUUCUUCUUCUUCUUCCUCUCCGCCCCCUUCUCCCAUCCCUUCCACCGGAACUUCUCUCAUCAUUACCCUCAGCAAGGCGUUGCUGAUCUCCGGCGUCGUCUUCUUCCUCGGCAUCGUCCUCGUCCCCAACAUCCGCAACUGCCCCUCCGAUUUCGCCUCCGACGUCGUCUCCAAAUCCAACCUGGCGCCGUCUCUGGCGGCGGCGGCGGCAGGGGCAGGAACGGUCAUUUCCCCGGCCAACGACAGCACUGCCCCCGCCGCCUCCGCCGGGGAGGGGGAGGACGCGAACGGGCCCACCAGGCUGAAGCACCUGAUGUUCGGCCUGGUGGGGUCGGAGUCGGCGUGGCACCACCGGAGGGCGUACGUGGAGGCGUGGUGGCGGCCGAACGAGACGCGGGGGCGGCUCCUCCUGGACGCGGAGCCCGCGGGGGACCUGCUCCCGUGGUCCCCGCGGUCCCCGCCGUACAGGGUGUCGGAGAACGUGACGCGGGUGGUGGAGGAGACGGGGCACGUGGACCGGAGGGUGGCGAGGAUGGUGCACGGGAUACGGGAGAUCGUGAGGGAGGCGGCGGGGGAGGAGGGGGUGAGGUGGGUGGUGAUGGGGGACGACGACACCGUGCUCAUGGUGGACAACCUCGUCGACCUCGUCGCCGGGUACGACCACACCAAGCACUACUACAUCGGCGCCCACUCCGAGUUCGUCCUCUCCAACUACUGGUUCUCCUUCAACCAGGCCUUCGGCGGCGCCGGCUUCCUCCUGAGCUUCCCCCUCGCUAAGGCUCUCUCCGACACCAUUAUGGAUUGCCUCAAGAGGUAUUCUUUCUUGACCAGCGCCGACAAGACCACCAUGUCCUGCGUCGCCGACCUCGGAGUUAACAUUUCUCCCCAUAGAGGUUUUCACCAGUUGGACAUGCGAGGAGACAUAUCCGGCUUCCUAUCGUACCAUCCAAACGUGCCGUUAAUGUCCCUCCACCACUUCGACAUGGCGGACCCCAUCUUCCCCUUCGUGGACCGGGCGGAGGCGGCGCGGCGGAUAAUGAAGCCGGCGAGGUUGGACCAGACGAGGAUGAUGCAGCAGGUGAUUUGCUACCACCGUCCUCUAAACUGGUCCUUCUCCCUCUCGUGGGGAUACUCCGCUCAGAUAUACGAGCGGAGGAUGCCCCGGAGCUACCUCCAGAAGCCGAUCGAGACGUUCCUGACGUGGGGCGAGAGCACCAGCCCCCCGUUCUGGAUGUUCGACGUCCGGCCGCGCUCCGGCGACCCCUGCGAGGCGCCCCAUUUCUUCUUCCUCAGGAACGUGAAGAAACUGGCCCCCAGGAAUGAGAUCCUCACGACGUAUUACCGGUCGUGGAAGCGGGGGUUGGGGCCGUGUUUGGCCUAUGGGAAUCGCUCCGCCGACCAAAUCUCCCGGAUUCAAGUCAUCUCUCCGGCCAAAAGACGAUUGCAGAUUGAUAGAAGUGAAUGCUGUAACAUAGUUCGAGUGAGUAGAACGAGGGCAUCAAUGAAGCUGAGAAGUUGCAAGGUAGACGAGGUGAUCGCCUAGCUUGAUAUAUAUACAUAUACAUAUCUAUAGGAACUAUGGGAUUGUCAAUUUUCAUCAUUGUCAUAGAAAAAAAUUGUUACAUGAGAU